CUUUGUCCAUAGACGCUUCUAUUUCCCUUUUUGACAACGAAUAAGUACAUCAGAGAUGGAAGAAUCAUCGGCAACUGAGGCACAGACGCCAAAGGUUGAGGUGGCCACUGGCGCUGUAAACUCGAAACAAUCGUCACCAGAAACAGAGGCGUACAUCAAAAACACUUGUCAACAACUUCGUGGCUGGCUUGGCGAGGAGGCUGCUGAUACUGUACCAUUCGUUGAGAAUAAUGAUGCGGUCGGCAGCACCGGUACUACAGAGAGCGACGUCCCGGGUCUCACAUUUUCCGAGAGGCUCAGUGAUUGCCGCGGAAGGUCUCUUUCAAGAAGGAUUGCAUAUGCUGCUGCAUGCAAAUCAAUUUUUGGGGAUAACAGAGGCCAACGAUCGCCAUCUGCAGCGGCGAGACAUGAGGCAGAAAAUCUCGACUCGAAGGUCACUGCCGGAGAGCAAGCAACAGUGAAUUCCAACCGAGGUCGACAGCAGCCCAGCAAUAGGCCAAACAACAAAAACGACACCUCAGGCCAUGAUUCUGUCGGCGUUGAACAGAACAGAGAAGAAUUGAACCCCGACUGGCAGGUGGAAACGCCUGGUGACAGCACACCUCUCAAGGAGACGUCUUCAGCGCUGCCGCCGUUUACUCCAGAGAAUGAAUCAAUCAAAGUUCAUGGGCACACCAAAACGCCUCAUUUGACUGAUUCAACACGUACAGAUGAUAGCAACGAUCGCUAUUCUGCUUCCACAGAUGUUGCAUCCGAGGAAGAUAUGCUCGAUACAUUCGGGCUCUUUGGACCGCGCAUCCGGACUUGGCUCCAAAAGACCUCGGAUGGUCCAACUGUUUUCCGUAUAAACAAUAAAGCAUUGGAAGGUCAUUCUUAUGCUCAUGACAUCUGUACUAUUACAGGGCAAUUGUUAGAGCAAGUCAUCCAACCAGAAACAAUCAUGAGCCCAGCGUUAACUGACGCGCAUGAGUCCAGUUGGCGUCAGCUCAACAUGACUUCUGGUCUUCAAAUCUUACGUGAAAGACAGCUCCGCAAAGACAUUGCAGCAUAUUUAAAGGAAGAUUCCAAGGCUAGAGAGACUAAUGCUUUGGAACAAGAGCCGUCCAAACUAGUCGCGUUUCCAAGUACCGACUGUCUCAUUCGGCCUGCUACCAAGGAAGACGCGGCCGCAAUUGGCCAGAUGAUCGAAUCUCAUCGCAAGAUAGACUACCCGUGUCAAUUCCCGGCACUCAAUAUAGAUUCUGAAACAAUGGCUCUACAGCAACUACAAAGCUGCUUGGAUCUGGGUUGGCCCUUCAUUGUCGCCACUAGUCCAGAUGAUGAGCUCAUGGAGAGGACAAAUUGGCCCAUCCAUGCGGGCAAAGCUUUCGAGGAGUAUCUCAAGUACAAGGCAGAGAUCCCUUCUUCGGAGAAAGAGAUCCUGGGGCUAGCAUUCGUCCGAGGCUUUGGACAAACAGUGUUUGGAGGUCCUCAGCUGCCCAUGCAAAAUGCUGGCUCUAUUUGUGUUUUGGUACAGCCCAACCACCGCCAGAAGCUGGUAGGGACUGCCUUGCUAGACAGGGUCCUCCAAUCAGUUGCGCCAUACCACAGAAGUGUAGUGGACUUUCAAUGGAAAUUCAGUACCACGAGUGGCGUGUAUGAGAGUCUUGCGGCGAACAACCAACGACAAGCGGUCAAGAUGUACGUGGAAUACACCACCGCCAGCGGCGAGGAAGACCCACCUUGGAGAAGCAAGAUGCUCGAGAAAUUUGGGUUUCAACACAAAGUUCAGCUAGAAAACGUUUCACGUUCUGAUAAAAGAGCCCAGGGCAACGGUUGGUUGGAUUUACACAUAUGGGAACUAAAGGUGCAAGACCCAGCGGAAAUUAUGUAGCUUAUGGACGAUGUUUGCAUUCUGUUAUGAGACUUUGCUAUUGAAAGCCUGCGGCGAUUACCUAGCUGGAAUAACGGGCUAGAUAAAGCCUGAAUGAGAUUAAAACUUGGUUUUUGUAGCUAAA